ACAAUAUCAAAAUGGGAAAAAGUUUAUUUGUGUUCAUGUUACUCCUUGCUCUCUUUGCUACUGAUGAGACUUUGGUGACUUUGACACAAGCAAAGAUGUGUGAAACGACAAGUCAUGCAUUUAGUUGUGCGAAUGAUGGGCAAUGUAAUAGCUCCUGCGAAAAGAAAGGAUUCAUUAGUGGCAAAUGUGACGGUGUUCGUCGUCGUUGUACGUGUUUCAAGCAAUGUGCUUGAACAUAAUAUAUGCUCGGUAAAACUACAUAUAAUGCUAUGUACACGAGUCAGGUGAUUUAAUUUGGUGUAUGUUAUCGAUCAUAUAUUGAGAG